CUAAUCUCCUCUCUGCUACUACCUCUCCACUCACUCCCCUCAUGUUCAGACAUGCCACCAUAUAUGCACCUGAUUUCUUCUCUCUUCUCUAGCUAGCACCCCUCCUAGAUAGCAGCUCGAUCUCCAUUCAUACCAACACACGAACACCUUCUUUUUCCUCCUACGCAUCUCUCUAGCUUCCACCCUCCUCCUCACCUCCAUCAUUUUGAUCUAUACCCUCCCGGAAUCCGAUUCGGUCCGAUCCACCACCGCCGGCCAUCACCAUUACCACCAAGUGGUGGCCUGGUGAUCUGAGAGGUUGGCAGCAAAGCUACAUCACCAAGAAGCCUAGAACGCAGUAUAUCUCGGAAUGUGCUGUCUCCCAACACCUGCAAAGCGAUUCCCUUGCCCUCCAACAGCCUAUAAAAGCAUCUCCAUUGCUCCCCCUCCCAACCCCCACCAGAAGUAGCUAGAUCACUGUCAUCGUCGUCGUCACCGACGUAAGAUGGUGAAGUUCUCCAAGCAGUUUGAAGGGCAGCUGGUCCCUGAGUGGAAGCAUGCCUUCGUGGACUAUUGCCUGCUCAAAAAGGAUCUGAAAAGGAUGCAACACGCCCUGCUUGGCCAGCAUGAACAUCGCAAAAGUCUAACCAGCACACAAGCAUCACAAUCCUCUCUGUCUCAAUGGCUCUUGCACAAGCUCCCUAAUCUCUUUGGCUCCAAUGCACCCAAGGACCAUGGAGUCAUACAAGUGCACCGGAAGCUGACCGGGUCGGCGAGCAGGGGAGGGGACGUGUACGAGACCGAGCUGCUGGAGCAGUUCGCCGACGACACGGACGCGGCGCGGGAGUUCUUCGCGCGGCUGGACGCGCAGCUGAACAAGGUGAACCAGUUCUACAAGGGCAAGGAGGAGGAGUUCCUGCAGAGGGGCCAGUCCCUGAGGAAGCAGAUGGACAUACUCGCCGACCUCAAGGCGGCGAGGGAGGACCCCUCCGUGUCCUGCUCCACCACCUCCGGCUCCGAGGAUGAGUCCACAAGGUAUGUGAUGACAUCAGCAACAGACACGGACCAGAACGAGCUAGAAACCAUACUGAACAAAGACCCCGGCGGCACGGCUGAAGAAGACCAGCCCGCAACGACUCCACAGGAUCUAGAAGGUUCUGGAACCUUCUUGAGGCCUGCGCCGGAGCCGAAGAACCUAGGGAGGUUGGCCAGCAGCUGCCAGAGGAAGAGCCUGAAGAUCAACAUUCCCCUGACGACCCCCUCCAGGACGAUCUCCGCGCUGACGGACAUCCUUUGGGACGACCUCGUCAGCCAGAACUCCAAGAAAUGCAACCCUGAUGGCAGCGUGGGGAAGCAGAGCAUCAACAAGACGAAGCUGCGGCACGCGGAGAAGAUGAUCAAGGGGGCCUUCGUUGAGCUCUACAAGGGCCUGGGCUACCUCGCCACGUACCGGAACCUGAACAUGAUGGCAUUUGUAAAGAUCCUAAAGAAGUUUGAGAAGGUUAGUGGCAAACAGGUCCUCUCCGUAUACCUCAAGGUGGUGGAGACCUCCUACUUCAACAGCUCUGACGAGGCACUGAAGCUGAUGGACGAGGUCGAGGACAUCUUCGUCCGGAACUUCGCCGGCGACAACCGGCGCAAGGCCAUGAAGUACCUCAAGCCGGCGCAGCGGAAGGAGUCGCACACCGUCACGUUCUUCACCGGGCUCAUGACCGGGUGCUUCGCGGCGCUGUUCAUGGGCUACUGCGUCAUGGCGCACACGGCGGGCAUGUACACCGCGGCGCCACGGCGGCGCGCCGGCAGCGGCGACUCCGUGUACAUGGAGACCGUGUACCCGGUGCUGAGCAUGUUCGGGCUGCUGUUCCUGCACCUGCUCCUGUACGGCUGCAACAUGGUGGCGUGGCGCAUGUGCCGCGUCAACUACGGCUUCAUCUUCGAGUCAUCGCCCACUGGGGGUGAGCUCAGGCCCCGGGACGUCUUCCUCGUCUGCGCCGCGUCCAUGGCCGCCGUCGCCGCCGUCGUGUUCGCUCACCUCGCACUCGUCCUCAGGGGUUACCACGCGUCGCCGCACGUCCAGGCCAUCCCCGGGAUCUUGCUCCUGGUGUUUCUGCUGCUGCUGUUCUGCCCGUUCAACUUCGUGUACCGGUCGAGUCGGUUUCAGUUCCUCAGGAUACUGAGGAACAUUGUUUUGUCACCACUCUACAAGGUUGUAAUGGUAGACUUCUUCAUGGCUGAUCAGCUUUGCAGUCAGGUGCCUAUGCUGAGAAGCCUAGAGUAUGUUGCUUGCUACUACAUCAGUGGAAGCUACAGAACUCAGGAGUAUGGCUACUGCAUCAACACCAAGCACAUCAGAGACCUGGCCUAUGCUGUCUCCUUCCUGCCCUACUACUGGAGGGCCAUGCAGUGUGCGAGGAGGUGGUUCGACGAGGGGGACACGAACCAUCUGGUGAACCUGGGCAAGUACGUCUCUGCCAUGCUCGCCGCCGGCGCCAAGGUGGCGUACGAGAAGGACAAGAGCCUAGCCUCGCUCUCGCUCCUCGUCGCUGUGUCGAGCACCGCCACGGUGUACCAGCUGUACUGGGACUUCGUCAAGGAUUGGGGCCUGCUCCAGGCCAACUCCAAGAACCCGUGGCUCAGGAACGAGUUGAUCCUCAAGAGGAAAUCCAUAUACUACUUGUCAAUGGGACUGAACCUUGUGCUGAGGCUUGCUUGGCUGCAGGCCGUAAUUCAUCCAAACUUUGGGAGUUUGGACUCUAGGGUCACUUCAUUCUUUCUAGCGGCCCUCGAGGUGAUCCGACGGGGGCAUUGGAAUUUCUAUAGGUUGGAGAAUGAGCAUCUGAACAAUGCUGGCAAGUUUCGGGCGGUAAAGACUGUUCCACUGCCUUUUCACGAAGUGAACGAGGACUAAUGUACUACUACCGAAUCAUCUGACCAUGACUAGAUCGAACACUUGUUUCUUCACCAUUCUGCUGAAUUUUUUUGAAGUGAAGAACUCGAGAGGUGGAGAAUUGUUCAGUGCCUUAAAUAGUACUUUGUUGUAAGCUUAGUCAUAGCUGUUUAUGCGCGUAGUUCCUUCAGGCGAUGGCAUCUCUAUAUAACUGAAGAUGUUGGAAUCAUUUGUUCGUUCCUAGAUGCAUCAAGGUGUAAAUAAGAGAAUAAAAG